CUCGCCGUCUCUGUAUCGUUCCUUCCUUUUCCGCCUUUCCUUUCUUUGUUUUCUAAGAAAACUCGAGGAGCGAGGGCGGACGAAAUCGUUGCCCCCAUUCUUCUCGUCGUCGAUUGCUGAAGCCGAUCUCGUCCAUAGAAUUCCACCACUUUUUGCCGGAGAUGAAGAUUUAGGGUUCUUCUACCUGGCCGGCGAAGAUGCCCAGUGGCGAGUUCGAGCUCGAGGAUCACAAGUCCCUCCUUCGUCCUUCUCCCUUGCCGACCGGCCCAGAUCUGGAAUCCCAGGGUCCAGAUUUGGUCGGGACAUCGGCGGUCGGCACAGGGAGUCCGUCGUCGGCGAAGAAGAGCGGGAUCGGAGAUCUUAUUCGGCACUUGGAUCGGGGUCUCUCUAACCGGAGCCUGGGUCGGCGGCAUGUGGACCGGAGUGGCUUGUCACCCCGGUCAGAUGGAAGGUCGCACGACCCUCUCGGGGACGGGGCGCCUCCUGAGUGGGCGCUGCUGCUUAUAGGGUGCCUCCUUGGCCUUGCCACCGGUAUUUGUGUUGCCGCAUUUAAUCGAGGGGUACAUGUGAUACAUGAAUGGGCAUGGGCAGGUACCCCAAACGAGGGUGCUGCUUGGCUGCGUCUACAGAGGCUGGCUGAUACUUGGCAUAGAAUACUGCUGAUUCCAGUAACUGGAGGAGUUGUUGUUGGCAUGAUGCAUGGUCUACUUGAAAUAUUUGAGCAGAUAAACCAGUCAAGAUCAUCACAAAGACAAGGUCUCGACUUGCUGGCAGCCAUCUUCCCAACAAUAAAAGCCAUCCAGGCUGCUGUUACUCUGGGUACUGGCUGUUCUUUAGGGCCUGAGGGGCCCAGUGUAGAUAUUGGUAAGUCAUGUGCAAACGGGUGUUCAGAAAUGAUGGAGAACAAUAGAGAACGGAGGAUUGCUCUUGUUGCAGCCGGUGCUGCUGCUGGAAUUGCUUCAGGUUUCAAUGCUGCUGUCGCUGGGUGUUUUUUUGCCAUUGAAACUGUACUGAGGCCACUUCGAGCAGAAAAUUCACCACCAUUUACAACUGCUAUGAUAAUAUUGGCGUCUGUUAUUUCAUCUACAGUGUCAAACGUUUUGCUUGGAGAGAAGCCAGCUUUUAUUGUCCCAGCAUACGAACUGAAAUCUGCUGCUGAACUACCUUUAUAUCUCAUCUUGGGCAUGCUUUGUGGGGCCGUGAGUGUGGCUUUCUCUCGCCUGGUAGUUUGGUUUACAAAGUUUUUUGAGUUUAUAAAGGACCAGUUUGCUCUUCCAUCUGUUAUGUUGCCUGCUUUAGGUGGUUUAGGAGCAGGCAUGAUAGCUCUCAAGUACCCUGGAAUUCUAUACUGGGGUUUCACAAAUGUUGAAGAAAUUUUACAUACGGGAAAGAGUGCUUCAGCACCAGGAAUAUGGCUUUUAACUCAACUAGUUUGUGCAAAAGUAGUAGCUACUGCUAUUUGCAAGGGUUCUGGACUUGUAGGUGGCCUUUAUGCGCCAAGCCUGAUGAUAGGUGCUGCCCUUGGUGCAGUUUUUGGAGGCUCAGCUGCAGAACUUAUAAAUUCAGCAAUUCCAGGAAAUGGUGCUGUUGCUCAGCCCCAGGCUUAUGCAUUAGUUGGAAUGGCUGCUACACUGGCUUCAGUUUGUUCAGUUCCACUAACCUCAGUACUGUUGCUCUUUGAGCUAACAAAGGACUACAGAAUAUUGCUUCCACUCAUGGGUGCAGUUGGUCUAGCUAUCUGGGUUCCUUCUGUAGCAAACCAGUCAAAGGACAAUGAAUUAACAGAGGCAAGGUCUCCUAAACGUGGAUAUUCUUCUUUAUCAUCUACUGAAGACAAGAAUGAAAUGAACUGCCUCUGGAGGCAACAUGAUGAUGGAGGUGAUCUCGAACUUUCUCAACUGGAAACUGACAUUCACCGCUCUGGCACUAUCAACAAUGAAAUGCUGCUAGAUGACCUUAAGGUUUCUUUAGCCAUGUCAAAGACCUAUGCUAAAGUUCAUACAACUACUAUACUAAAGGAUGCCAUUGUGCUUAUGCAUGACAAACAACAAACUUGUGUUCUUAUCAUUGAUCACGAAGACUUUCUUGAGGGCAUUCUUACACUUGGCGACAUUCGGAGGAAAGGGUUUGAAACAAGUGGAGAGCUUCCUGGCACUCCCAGAGGAGAUACAGCAGUCUCAGAUGUGAAUAUUUACACAGUUUCAUGCUGCCUUAGUAGAGGGCUUCGACACCGGGGUAGAGAAACUGGGUUGUUGACCUGUUUUCCCGACACAGAUUUGACAACUGCAAAGCAGCUUAUGGAGGCUAAGGGAAUUAAGCAAUUGCCAGUGGUCAAGCGUGGUGGGGCACGCAGCAAUAAUGGGAAGCGCAGAAUUGUUGGCCUUCUCUAUUAUGAUUCAAUUGGAAAUUGUCUUCGAGAGGAGGUAGCUCGCUGGAUGGCUAUCUAUCAGCAAAGAAAACACGUUCAAGAGAGCAUCACUAAUGGCCAUUGACAAUAAGCUGAAUACUGGUUGAUAUGUUUCAGAGUUGCCUUGACUACAAGAGGAUUGCAGUAGUCAAGCUGAUACCUGCUCAUCGACAUCCCACCCUUUCCAAGGCAGUCGUAUUUACCUGGACAAGAGCCUCCCAGCGUACACUGAACUCCAGACACCGACACUGUGCUGAUGCUGGUAAGAAGCAUACCAUAAAUAGGGCAGUUUGGUGCUCUUAGAUUUGAUUAUGAAGUUUAUUUUACAAGUUGCACAAGAACAAUUUUAUGAAUUGUUUAGGCUAGAGAAUCCCCUGUAUAGGCGAAUGCUAAUUGUCUAUGCAUAUGCCAUUCUGUAAUAUUAUCUUUUAUAGCUUAAGUUGGUCCUACAGCAAGUUCCAGGUGGUAUAUUAGAGUCUGUAACUGAUUUUUCUGCAAAUGUUUAUGCACGAUUUUUUUUAAAGAAAUAUUAUUUCAUGAGUCAA